GCAAGAAUGAUAGUAUAUCACUUUCAGUGCACUGCAGGCCAGAUCAUGAGUGUUUUCCCGCCUUCAUGUGCUGUUUUUGCCUGCUCCUGGACCUUGGCCAUUCACUUGCUGUCAUUCUUGCUGAUGACUUAUUCAACAGCAGGUAACACUAGGAGCCCUUUGGUUGUGCUUGACCAAUAUGAGGGCAGUGGGAUCAGACUCAUCUGCAAAUCUGAGGAGGUGAGGUCUCCUGAGCUUCUGCAGCUAUCAUGGAUAGAUGGGAAAGGACAGGAACUUCCUGCUACUCCAGCCACGCUGAGCAACAGCAGCAUUGCAAGUUCUUUUCUCCUUGAAUGGAGCUCUGGGAAUGCUGUCUCCUGCAGAAUCAUCAAUAAAUCCUCAAAGACAUCAAUAGGAUCAACUUCCCUUGUCAUUGCAGAUAUCUUUUUCCCUUCCACCUCCCUCUGCAUGGUUGGCUUUUUUGUGAUUGCAGUACUUAUCAUCGCUCUCAUAAUUGUCACCAUUUUGAUGCUAAAACAACAUCGUUGGACGAUUGCUCUUUCAGAAAAUGAUCUGUUGGCACUAGAGGAAGAAAAAGCACAUCUUAAAAGGGUACUAGAAGAAGAAAAAAGUAAGGUAGAAGAAGCAUUAAGAAAAGCACAAGAGGAGUUUGCAAAAACCAUGGCUGAACUGGAGUUCAGGAGGGCAUUGUCCUAUGCAGUUGAUGUCACUCUGGAUUCUAAAUGCACACAUCCCAAGCUCAACAUCAAAGAGAAAAAUAAAGUCAAUUAUUUGGGGUUAGGACAGAAAGGUCUGACAGGAGCUCUAAUUGCAGUGGCAAAUGAGGGAUACUCUUCUGGGAAAAUGUACUGGGAGGUGGAGGUGAAAGACAAACUUGACUGGGAGCUGGGAGUACUUACUGAGACAGCAAGAAAAAGACUGGAAGAGGAGAAGCUGGAAAAUCCACUGGAGGAAGGAUAUGUGAGUAUACGUUGGUUUGGGAGGCAAUAUCACUGUGCUGGAGGAAAUAGUGUAAUUAAUGGUCAGAAUGAAAAAUGUGAAGUAGUAGGUGUUUUUCUAGACAUGGAUGAGGAAGUGCUAUCAUUUUAUAAUGUUCAUCUGAUGUGCCCUAUUCAAUCAAUCCCUGCCAAAUUCUUUGAGAAAAUGUAUCCAUUCUUCAAUCCUGGGAAUGAUGACAGUUUCUUGGGAGUCCGCCCAAUACGCAUCCCUCCGUGCUUAAUAUCCCUGUGAAAGAAAACACUUCGCUGCCUUUCUACCAUGUCACUGAGCGUUGUAUAUGAGCUGGUUACACAAGCAAAAACCUCCCUUGAUUUCUUUCUUUACACUUAAAAUGACUCACAGUUGAAUUAGAAGCUUCCACUGAGAGCAUAACCUUUAGAGGGAGGUGAAGUGUUCCAUCUGUGGUACAAGUCAAGAGCUGAGGCUGCUUUCUUCAGGUGAUGACUGCAUUACUGAACAAACCUAAAGUGAUUGAUGAUGAGACAGAUAUCCUGGACACAGAAAUCAGAUGGACAAAAAUUAUUGUGGGGGUUACAAGAUGUGAGGCAGAAGAAGACAAACACUCUAAGAGUAGAAAGCCAUGAGGCAAAUUGGAUGCAAUUUCAGCUGCAGAAGGUGGUCUUGAAGAAGAGGCAUUUGGGAUUGCUUUGUUUUUAUAUACUGAUUUUCACAGAGAACAUGACACUCCACAAGUCACUAAUGAGUCUGAAAAGGUAUGCAACAUUUUUGGGCAAAAUAUGCAGAACAUCCCACAACCUCAAAAGCACAGCUUUAAAACAAACAUUUCUGAAAUACUGAAUUUCAUGGCAAAAAUCCAGAUCCCUUGAUGUUCUAAGGCACAUUACCCUUAUCAGCAAAAUAUAAUAUGGAGUAAUGAGCAUUUACCUUAAUGGUAUAAUAUAUUGGGAAGAUUGUAGGUUAGACUGUUAUUUUGUAUAUAUGUCAAUAAUUGUCAAAAAUGAGAAAAUCUAGUAUAAAAUCUAGUACUGCUUUGUAAUCAUUUAAUAAGAUGGAUUGACAUGUUCUUACUGUUCUGUGAUUCUUUAUAGU